AUGGCGUUCUUCGAGAAGGUCGCCGAGAUAUUCGCGAACCAAGCCGCCCUGCCCUCUGCCCCGGAGCAGUUUCUCGCAUCUCUUGGUACACCUUCCGUUUCUGUCGCUGUUCUUGACAAAGGCGAUAUCGAAGCGCGAUGUUUCUCUACUUUAGGCAACGAUGAAGAAACUCGUUUCCAAGCCGCCAGCAUCUCCAAACCUAUCGCUGCUACGGCUGUCAUGAGACUCGUAGCUCAAGGAAAGCUCUCCUUGGACGACAAGGUUCUUCACCAUCUUCCGGAUGAGCUCUUCAACAACCUCGGGCACCCUGAGAUCUUGCAACAGAUCACCCUUCGACAUCUUUUGACCCAUACAGCUGGGUUCCGUACCUCGGCUUACACAGGGUACGCCCGGAACAUGCCAUCAGCUACGGAUACCUUGCUCGACAGGAACGGCGGACACAACGUUGCGGAGCGGUUGAGCCUUUUACCUGGACAGCAGCAUGCCUACUGCGGAGGAGGUUUUGCGAUGCUGCAAAUCAUUAUGGAGAAAGUUUUCGGCAAACCCUUUCAGGAGCAGGUCGAAGACCUCGUAUUCGAGCCCCUGGGAAUGUCGAACUCCAGUUAUGAUGUACCGGAGCAUGAUGACGAAGGCAAUUACGCCCGGUCCUGGUGGACAGGAAAUGAGCCACAUGAUACGCCGUGGCACCAUCACCCGGAAUUUGCAUCUGGUGGGGUCUGGACCACGCCGACAGACCUUCUCAAGCUCAUCAGGGGCAUUCAGACAUCACUUCGCCCCGAUAGCACCGAGGGCGACAGGUUUCUGCCCCAAAGCGUUGCAAAAGAGAUGUUGACGCAGGUGCAGGAGGGAAUCGCAGUCUCUUGGAUCUGCCAGCUCAUGUCGGAUUUACUGGAGAAGCCGGCAGAUUUCCGAACGAGUGUGAAGCGGACUACCGCGUCGAUUGGCACAGUAACUCUGUACGGUCAUCGAGCUCCAACUUUUGAGAGCUUCUGGGGCUCAGCUGUUUAUGUCGCGAUGGACGCCUCUUCAAAGGCGCUUGAACCGGGGACCUAUCUUCCAGUAGAUCAGUUCCCAUUUCUGAAGCUCAUCCCAGACAGAUGGAACGGUUCCAGACGGCGAGCAGAGAAGUCUUAUCGUCGAAUGACCGACAUCUGGAACGAAGCUCGUGAGAGAGUGGAAGAUCGACGGAGCAAAGGUGACACAAGAGAGUCGCUAAUCGACAGACUCCUCAGCGAGGACGUUAAGUCCGACGUAUCGCUCUCAUACACAGCAUUCAACAACUUCUUCGGAGGCACUCAGAUGGGGGCAGCUGAUACCACGGCAACACAAGUUCUCACAACCAUUCUUUUCCUUGCAAAGCAUCCUGAGGUCCAGGAGAAGGCACGCCUUCAGCUGGAUCGCAUUUGCGGUACUGAACGACUACCCGAAUGGUCAGACUUCGACAAGCUGCCGUAUAUCAAUUGUAUUGUCAAAGAGGGCCUCCGCAUCCGACCGGUAAUUCCGACUGGCGUGCCUCACUGUGCUAAGCAGGACACAUGGUACGACGGGAUGUUCAUCCCAGCAGGCAGCACCAUCUUCAUACCCCCGAGCGCACUCAACCACGACAACAACUACUCAGAAGAUCCUUCAACUUACAAUCCCGAUCGGUACCUUUCUCAAGCGUCAAAGCUGGCCCCCGAGCUUGCGGCCUCUCCUUUGUACGAAGAACGAGACCACUACACGUACGGAGUUGGCCGACGCAAGGUCUUUCGAAUGAUCUGCAAUUUCGGCGAGUCCAUCAUGCUAGACCCUCAGUACAUCGACGAAGUAAAGAGCCAUCCUGGUCUGAGCUUUGGCAAGUGGUUGGAGAAGUCAUUUAUGGCUCAUAUUCCUGGUUUCGAAUCUUACUCGGCCUGGGUCAUGGAAACACGUGUGCUUUCCCAUGUGGCACUUUCUGGCAUCACGUCGGCUUUGGAUCGGCUUGUCCAGCCCCUGACGGAGGAGACGACUGUGGCUUUGGACGAUGUGCUAGGAGACAGUACCGAGUGGCGCGAGACCUUUCUGCAUCCUCUCGUCCCUGAGAUCGUGGCCCGUCUCUCUUCCCGGGUCUUUGUAGGCCAAGACCUAUGCCGUAACCCCGACUGGCUCCGCAUCACUGUCAAUUACGCCGUAGACUCCGUUCUCGCUGCUCGCGUCAUAGCAAGAUGGCCUAGGAUUCUCCAACCGUUGGCUCAUUGGUUCAUUCCAGAGUGUCAGAAGGUCCGCGGCCAUGUCCAAGCUGCCAGGAAGCUCAUGGGACCUAUUAUUCACCAAAGACGCAAGGAAAGAAUGAACAAGAAAGUUCCAAGGGAAGCUCGAGACGCCAUUGAUUGGUUUUACGAAGUCGUCAAGGACAAGCCGUUCGACCCUGUCACCUUCCAAUUGACGCUGUCAACAGUCGCUAUUCACUCAACCUCGGACUUGCUCAUGCAAGCUCUUCUUGACAUCGGGAGCCACCCGGAGCUCAUCGAUGAGCUGCGUCAAGAGGUCAUCACUGUGUUCAGUACUGGGGGAUUCAAGAGAUCAUCGAUCAACAACCUCAAGCUUAUGGACAGCGUUCUGAAGGAGAGCCAGCGCCUAAAGCCGCUAGCCCUGGUCGCCAUCCAGCGCGUCGCGACGGAAGACAUCGAGCUGUCAAACGGGCUGUUGAUCCGGAAAGGCGAGACCAUCGGCAUUCCAGGAUACGGCAUGUGGGACUCGAAGGUUUACUCCGGUGCUGAGAAAUUCGACGGCCACAGGUUUCUGAGAAUUCGAGAGAACUCCGAAGAGGACCACGGUAGUCAGCUGGUUACGACGAGUCCUGAUCACCUUGGAUUUGGUCACGGAAAACAUGCAUGUCCCGGGCGCUUCUUCGCAGCCAUGGAAGCAAAGAUCGCGCUCGCCGACUUUCUCUUGAAGUAUGAUUUCAAGUUGUCGCCUGGGACCAAGCCUAGGGUUUUCGAUGCUGGAUUUGCCCUUAUUCCGGACCCAACUGCAAAGGUUGCGAUCAAGAGACGCCAGGAAGAGAUUUCACUCGGCCAAAUUUGA